ACUGAUAAAAAGCUGACAGCUUUUGUUCGCAUUUUUAAAAUGUUUACCAGUUCAUGCCCAUUUAAGUCAUGCAGGCUAUGCCCGCUGCGCGGAAGUUUCUCGUGACGUCACUGUGACGUUUCAGUAGGUUGGUUUAUUUUCACUUCCUGUUCAGUGGGACAUCCCGCGGCUCCAUUCGAGCUGGACUACUUCAGUGUCCCUGUGUCCUACUUUACACUUUUGCUUCCAUUUUACUGGACAGGCUAGAAACGAAUGAGCUUUUAUUGCAGCGGCCGGCCUGCAAUAAUGUAACGGACAUUUCCGUGACUUGUUAGUGUGUGAGUGUUGCGUGUUAUUAUGGAGUGCGGAAUCAGUGGCGAUCAUAUGUAACUUAGGAUAACGUUACUGCUGAUCAACACAUCCACCCACAAACCGCGCGAUCUCCAUCUACUCUCAUACUCUACAGAGACACAAAACAUGGGCAAACAUCUCAUCUGUUGUUGGCUUUGGGCUCUAGUGGCUCUUGUUUACUGGAAACGAGCACUUUCAUUUAAUCUGGACAUUAGUAAACCCUCAGUUUUCUCUGGACCUCCAGGAAGUUACUUUGGAUUUUCUGUGGCUUUCUUCAAUCCUGAUAAUAAACAAUUAAACAUACUGGUUGGUGCACCCAGAGCAAACACAUCUGAUCAAACCCCAUCGGUAGUCACUGAGAGGGGCGCUGUCUUCAGCUGUCCUUGGCAAAAAAGCGGCACAUGCACACAGAUUGAAUUUGACAGCACUGAUGACAGGAAGAAUUCCAAUGGACAGCAAAUGGAGUUCAAGUCGAAUCAAUGGUUUGGGGCCACUGUGCGUUCCUCUGGGGACCAUAUUCUGGCAUGUGCUCCUCUCUACCAGUGGAGCACGUAUGGAUUCUCAGAAAGGGAGCCUGUCGGGACAUGUUACCUGAAGAAGGGCAAUAGCAUUGUGGAAUAUUCGCCCUGUCGCUCUAAAUCAAACUCACCUGAGGGACAAGGAUUUUGUCAAGCAGGUUUCAGUGCUGAUUUUGUGAAGAAGAACCGUGUAGUUAUUGGAGGACCAGGAAGCUUUUAUUGGCAAGGUCAGCUGAUCUCAGAUGACGUCACUGAAGUCAUCAAUAGAUACAAUAAGGAGUUUUUUACUCCUUACAGUAACCAGUUAUCAACCAAGUCAGCCGGGGCUCAGUAUGAUGACAGUUAUUUGGGUUACUCUGUGGCUGUUGGUGAUUUUAAUGAAGAUGGUGAAGAUGAUUAUGUCACAGGAGUUCCUAGAGGGGAGAAGGCUCUUGGUUAUGUCAACAUUUUCAAUGGGAGGAACAUGGAGUCUAUGUAUAAUUUCACAGGCACACAAAUGGCUGCUUACUUCGGUUAUUCUGUAGCAGCCGUUGACAUCAAUAAUGACAGGAAGAUGGAUUUGUUGGUGGGGGCUCCUCUGUUCAUGGACCGUGGCUCAGAUGGGAAACUGAGGGAGGUUGGUCAGGUCUAUGUCUACCUAGGAAAAGGUGGCUUCACCUUCAACAGUGUCAUCAAACUCACAGGCUCUGAGAUCUAUGCUCGAUAUGGAAGCUCAAUCUGCAGUGUGGGAGACCUCAAUAUGGAUGGAUAUAAUGAUGUGGCUAUUGCUGCCCCAUAUGGUGGGCAGUUCCACCGGGGCCUGGUGUACAUCCAUAACGGGCGUCCCACAGGGCCGAAUCCUGUGGCCUCUCAAGUUUUAGAAGGAACAUGGGCGUCUGCUUCCAUGCCUUCUAGCUUUGGUUACGCCAUGCACGGAGGCACAGAUGUUGAUCAGAAUGGAUAUCCUGACCUGAUUGUGGGGGUGUUUGGAGCUGACAAAGCUGUUCUGUACAGGGCUCGUCCCGUCAUCAGUGUGAACACCACACUGGAUAUCAGCCCACAGAUCCUGAACCCUGAAGACAAAAGCUGCACCCUACCUGGAACAACCACCACAGUUUCCUGCUUCACUGUGAAAUACUGUCUGAAGGCAAAUGGAAAAGGAGCAGAGUCUUCCCUUCUUUUCCAAGUGGAUCUGACCCUGGACCGCCUCAAACACAAGGGAGCCACCAAACGGGUGCUGUUCCUCCACAACAAGAUGUCUCAUUAUUCAAAGAACAUGACCGUCUCCAACAACCAGGGGCCGGCCUGUGAGGAACUUCAGGCUUAUUUAAUAGAUGACUCAGAAUUCAGGGAUAAGAUCACACCCAUCUCUGUUUUUAUGGAGUACAGCUUGGAUUACAAAACAGCAGCAGAUAAGACCGGCCUGUUGCCUAUCCUUGACCAAUCUGCACCUACAAAUGUCACCAAGCAGGCCCACAUACUCCUGGAUUGUGGCGAAGACAAUAUUUGCAAGCCAGACUUAAAACUGUCUGUUGUGAGUGACCAGAAAGAGAUCUACAUAGGUGACGAUAACCCCCUGACCCUGGACGUCAUAGCAGAGAAUGGAGGAGAGGGGGCUUAUGAGGCCGACCUUAUCGUCACCCUACCAUCUCAGGCAGAUUUCAUUGGGGUUGUGCGUAACAUUGAGACAUUGUCUAGACUGUCCUGUGCAUUCAAGAAAGAGAAUCAGACCAGAGUGGUGGUGUGUGAUCUUGGGAACCCAAUGAAAGGAGGAACUAAGAUAACAGCAGGCUUGCGCUUCAGCGUGCACCAGCUCUCCGAACAGGACACAGAAGUCAAGUUUGACUUGCAGAUAAAGAGCUCAAAUCAGUUCAACAAAACCAGCAAUCUGGUCUCUGUUGUCACAAAGCUUGCGGUGUUGGCCAGAGUGGAAUUAAGAGGGGUGUCUGCACCAGAGCAGGUGUUUUUACCCAUCGCUAACUGGCAGCCAAAAGACAGUCCUGUUCUGGAGGAUGACAUUGGACCUCUUGUACAGCACAUCUAUGAGCUAAGGAACAGAGGACCCAGUACAUUCAGUAAGGCCAUUUUGGAUGUGCAGUGGCCCUACAGAUUCAACAACGGCUCUCUGCUCUACAUCACCAAGUUUGAAGUGGACGGAAACAUGAAUUGCAGCUCAAACAGGGAGCUCAACCCUCUUAAUGUCACUAAUCCCAGAUUAACUGACAAAAAUGAGACCUCUGCCAGUGGAGACAGAGCAGAGGGGGGGAACAGACACAACGUCCACCGCAGAGACCUGGAGGACAAACAAGGGGAAGAAAACCUGGAGAUUCUGGAUUGUGGGAAUGCAGAGUGUCAAGAGAUUAAGUGUUGGGUUGGUCGUCUGGAGAAAGGCCAGAGUGCUAUUCUAUUUAUUUACUCCAGACUUACCGUGAGCACGUUUCUCAAGGCUGAAAGUCAAAACAAAUCGUACAAUGUUCGAUCCUCAGCCUCCUUCAGUGUCAUAGAGAUGCCAUAUAAAAAUAUAAAUUCUGAGUUACCAACCAGCACAACAUCGGCUUCUCUGAAGGUGAUCUGGAAUUCAGAGAACCCUCAGCCUGUCCCAGGAUGGGUGGUGGCUCUGGCUGUCCUGGCUGGACUGCUGCUGCUGGCUCUGCUCAUCUUUGUCAUGUAUAAGCUGGGCUUCUUUAAACGCGUGCGGCCGCCACAGGACGAUAGUACCGAGAAAGAGCAGCUUCAGCCUCAGGAGAACGGAGACAGAAACACAGAAGCCUGAGAUCUUUACCUUCACCAGUGCCACAUCCACAGGAGUGUGCCUGAUUCACAGCAACUCUCUCAUCUUUAUCCGCAGCAUCGGAGUGUUCAUCCAGACAGCCCAAAUGAGUGAUGACUGUUGUCAUUUUAAUGGUACUCAACUCAACUCAACUAUGCUGUUCUGGUAAUAAGACUAAAGCCCCGUGCCAAUCCUUUUCCCCUGUGCUCCUAUCCUUUUUUAACUGCACUGAGUCUUAAAACAAGAUUUGAUUUUCAGUUGGGUUUAGAGAUCAACCAUUUAAAUCGUAACACAUUUCAAGUUGUUUACAUGUAACAACAAUAAAGGUGAUGAACCUUAAAUAAUACAAAAUGUCAUCAUGAUUUUUAAAUGUUUUAUUUUGAGGAAAGACAUGACGUAGUUUGGUACAUCAUUCGAUUGCUGGUUCUGCUGCUUCUGUUGGAGAAACUUUCAUGUUACUUUAUUUAGUGGUGAUCAGUUUCUGCUGUUUGGAGGUUUUCUGCAGGACUUUUAGUUCCUAUCUGGGGUUUUUUUUCAGCUGUUGGGAUUUGGACUCUGGUUUCUUAUUUGGGUGUAAGGUGUAUUAUUUUGAGAAAAUAUUCUUAUGAUUGUCUACUGUAAACGCAUAAUUUUAGAGCAGGGUUAUGUUUCUGCAUUUAGAGCAUUUGGUCGAAUUUGUAUUAUAAAAAGAGAAAAUAAUCAAAGUCUUUGCACAAUAGAGCAAUAAACUGUAACAUUUUUUGUAUUUUGAAAACUACCACUUAUGAA